GAGGGGGGCUCCCCAGCAGGAGCUAGACCUCUGGGCAGGGCUUAGACCCCAGCCUCCGGUGAAGUCGCUUCCUGCUCGUCCAGGUAGAGGAGAGGCCAAGGAGUUAGUUGCAGAAAUUCUUCUCCAUAGGAAGAAAGGUCUGGAGGUUGGGGCAGGGCUUGGAUCUCGAGGGGGCCGGGCUCGGCUGGUGCCGGGGGCGGGAGCAGCGGCCAGAGAGUCGAGUUUUGCAGCCGGAGCUGGUGCCCACAGCCGCCUCUCUUCGCUCUCUCGUUCCCUCUGUCCCUCCUCCUCCUUCCCCUCCGGCUGCCGCCGUGAUGGGCUCCGGGAGCCGGUUGGCCCAGCUGGGUGCCCUGUUCCUGCUGCUGCGGCCGAAGCCCCUGACCGAAGCGAUCGUGCCCCGGGUCAGCCUGCCUUACGACUCACAGGAGCGGACAGUGCGGAGGUUUGAAGCGGAGGGCAUCGCCAACUACACAGCCCUGCUGCUGAGCAAAGAUGGAAAAACCCUGUUUGUGGGGGCCCGGGAGGCCCUGUUUGCCCUCACUAGCACUAGCAGUUUCCUGCCCGGGGGGCACUACCAGCAGCUGCUGUGGAGUGCCGAUCCAGAGAAGAAGCACCAGUGUGUCUUCAAGGGCAAGGACUCACAGAGGGACUGUCACAACUACAUCAAGCUUCUCCAGCCACUCAACAGCACCCACUUGUACACCUGUGGCACAGCUGCCUUCAGCCCCGUCUGUGCCUACAUAAACAUUCAGAACUUCAGCUUGGAGCAAGAUGGCGCCGGGAACGUCGUGCUUGAGGAUGGGAAGGGUCGCUGUCCGUUUGACCCGGAGUACAAGUCCACGGCCAUCCUGGUGGAUGGCAAGCUUUAUGCCGGAACAGUCAGCAACUUCCAGGGGAAUGAGCCAACCAUCUCCCAGAGCCAGGGGAAUCGCCUCACCCUCAAGACGGAAAACUCCCUCAACUGGCUCCAAGACCCGGCCUUUGUGAGCUCCGCUUACAUUCCCGAGAGCCUGGACAACCCGCGCGGGGACGAUGACAAGAUCUACUUCUUCUUCAGCGAGACCGGAAAGGAGUUCGACUUCUUUGAGAACACCAUCGUGUCCCGGAUUGCCCGGGUGUGCAAGGGGGACCUGGGUGGGGAGAGAGUCCUGCAGAGGCGGUGGACGUCCUUCUUGAAAGCCCAGUUGCUUUGCUCCCGGCCGUCCGACGGCUUCCCCUUCAAUGUGCUCCAAGAUGUCUUUGUGCUGAGCCCUGGCCCCAAGGACUGGCAGGACACCCUCUUCUAUGGCGUCUUCACGUCCCAGUGGCACCAGGGCGCUGCGGGGGGCUCAGCCAUCUGUGUCUUCACCAUGCAGGAUGUGGAGAGUGCCUUCAACGGCCUCUAUAAGGAAGUAAACCGAGAGACCCAGCAGUGGUACACAGUGAUGGAUUCGCCGACGCCCCGGCCAGGAGCGUGCAUCACGAAUAGUGCCCGGGAGAAGAAGAUCAACUCCUCUCUGCAGCUCCCUGACCGGGUGCUCAACUUCCUCAAAGAUCACUUUUUGAUGGAUCGCCAGGUCCGGAGCAGCCCGCUGCUGCUGCAGCCCAGGGCCCGGUACCAACGCCUCUCGGUGCACCGAGCGGCCGGCCUGCACCGCUCUUACGACGUCCUCUUCCUGGGCACGAGCGAUGGCCGCCUGCACAAAGCUGUGCAUUCAAGGCAGAGGAUGCACAUCAUCGAGGAGAUCCGGCUCUUCCCAUCUGACCACCCGGUCCAGAAUUUACUGUUGGACCCCCAGAGAGGACUACUGUACGCUUCUUCCUACUCGGCUGUGGUUCAGGUGUCUGUGGCUAACUGCAGCGUCUACACAAGCUGCGGGGAAUGCAUCCUGUCCCGAGACCCGUACUGUGCCUGGAGCGGCACCGGCUGCAGGGACGUCAGGCACUACCAGCCGGAUCUGGCCUCCCAGCCGUGGGUACAGGACAUCGAAGAUGCCGACACCGGGCGGCUCUGCAACAGUUCUGCCUUCGGCCUCCUGCCUCCCGGCUUCUCAGACAAGACACCGUGCAAGCAAGUCCACUUCCAGCCCAACACGGUCAACACCCUGACCUGCCGGCUGCUCUCCAACCUGGCGUCCCGGCGCUGGCUCCACAACGGGGCGCCCGUGAACCACUCCGCCUCUUACCGCGUGCUGCCCAGCGGGGACCUGCUCCUGGUGGGCAGCCAGGACGGCCUGGGCUCUUUCCAGUGCUGGUCCCUAGAGGAGGGCUUCCAGCAGCUGGUGGCCAGCUACUGCGUGGAGGCCACCGAGGGGGCGGCCGAUGGGGAGAAGGGCUCCAUCAUCCCGUUAAUCAUCAACACGUCCCGGGUGAGCUCCCCUGCCAACGGCAAGGCCGCUCUGGCCCCUUACAAAACCUACUGGAACGAGUUCUUGCUCAUGUGUGGCCUGUUUGGAUUUGCCGUCGUGCUUCUCGCCCUCUUCUUCCUGUACCGCCACCGGGACGGCAUGAAGCUCUUCCUCAAAAAGGGAGAGUGUGCCAGCGUACAUCCCCGGACCCGGCCCGUGAUGCUUCCCUCAGAAAACCGGUCCCUCAAUGGGGGAGGCCCGCCUAGCGCCCUGCCCGACCACAAAGGGUACCAGGCCCUGGCUGACAGCUCUCCGGGGCUCCGGGCCUUCACCGAGUCAGAGAAGAGGCCACUCAGUGUUCAGGACAGCUUUGUGGAGGUGUCUCCCACGUGCCCCCGGCCCCGGGUACGGCUGGGCUCCGAGAUCCGUGACUCUGUGGUAUGAGCCGAGAUGGCUCACAGCUAACCCCGGCUCGAGGGACUGUGACUCCGUGUAGAGUAACCAGCCGGACCUCUUCCUCAUCAGACAGCACCCAGAAUCCCGAGAGCGGAGCGAGCUGGGCAGCUCCCUCCCAGUUCCUAUGGGACCAGCCGGAGGGAAGAGGAUCCUCACUUCUCUAUAAGCAUGACUGUGAGGCGUCUCCUCUCAGUCAGGAACAGAAACAUGGGGGGUUUGUCUGGCCCCGAGCGGCCACCUUGGAGCUCCACACAGGGAGGCUGCAGCCAGAAGCUGUCCAGAGGGGGCCCAGGUGCUCAGUGACCUCUCUCAUUCAUGCUCAGACUUUGCUGAGACUGUCGAUUCCUGAGCCCUUCUGAAAACAUUUUUUUUUAAAGAGAAAAUGUGAAACAAGCAUGAGGAAUGAGAGGUGACCCAGAAUUCUUCUUCCAGCCUUGGUUGCUGGAAGGGAUUCGGUCCAUGGACUUGCCUCCCUACACACAAUCUCCAUGGGGCAUUUUGGAUGUAUUAGAACAAUAAUAUGGAUGCCUGAGCCUGAGGGAAAUCCAUCUUCUCUUCCACGUGCCUCCUCCUAAUUCGCCUCACGUUCUGCUGCCAAAGUUAUUGCAGAGGCCUAGGGCCAACACAGAAGCCUCCGAGGAGUCUUGGCUUUUGCUGUGCCAGGGACCCCUGACAGUCUGGAAGCCAACCCAGGGCACGCUUCCUCCCUACCUCCACAACAAUCAGGCCAUGGACAACAGGAGGGUGGUUGUGUCACUGCCAUAUCCUGUCCAGCCACAGGACUAGUGGUAGCCCUCUUGGGACACUAGAGGGAUGGCAUAAGGUUGGUUUGUUCCCUGUGUCAAGGGAGGAGAUAGAAGCACAUUCCAUUUUUUAUGGAGUUCACAUGGACUAGAUUUACUGUCUUCCCUUCCUGAUAAUCUAAAAGAACCACUGUGUCCCUUACCUUCCUUUGUCCUUUGGCCCUUUUGGACUUCCGACUUUCCCUAAAUAACUAACUUCCUCAAGCUUGAUAAUUCUCUGGCCCUUUGUGCUGUUUCUGCCCAAAGGGACAUUGACACUGCCCAGUCCAGGGACCAUAAGAAUCUUGUGUUUUAUAUAACUUUUUUUAUAAAAUGCACUUUACAUUUUUUUAAAAUAAAAUUGGAAAUUUAAUUUUA